AUGGAGCUGACAGUCUUGCUCCUGUGUGGCAGGUCCCGAGUGGCUGCUGAGAUGGCCAAUGAGAAUCACGGCAGCCCCCGGGAGGAAGCAUCCCUUCUAAGCCACUCUCCAGGCACCUCCAAUCAGAGCCAGCCCUAUUCUCCAAAGCCAGUUCGCCUGGUACAGGACCUCCCAGAGGAGCUGGUACAUGCAGGCUGGGAGAAGUGCUGGAGCCGGAGGGAGAGCCGUCCUUACUACUUCAACCGAUUCACCAACCAGUCCCUGUGGGAGAUGCCCGUGCUGGGCCAGCACGAUGUGCUUUCGGACCCUUUGGGGCUGAAUGCAACCCCACUGCCCCAAGACUCAAGCUUGGAAACUCCUCCAGUGGAGAACAAGCCCAGGAAGCGGCAGCUCUCGGAAGAGCAGCCAAGUGGCAACGGUGUGAAGAAGCCCAAGAUAGAGAUACCUGUGACACCCACAAGCCAGUCGGUGCCCAGUUCCCCCAGCAUCCCAGGAACCCCAACACUGAAGAUUUGGGGUGCAUCUGCCGAAGAUAAGCAAGCAGCUCUCCUCCGACCCACUGAGGUGUACUGGGACCUGGACAUCCAGACCAAUGCUGUCAUCAAGCACAGGGCUCCUUCAGAGGUCCUGCCCCCACACCCUGAGGUCGAGCUGCUCCGCUCGCAGCUCAUCCUGAAGCUCCGCCAGCACUACCGGGAGCUGUGCCAGCAGCGGGAGGGCAUUGAGCCACCCCGAGAAUCUUUCAACCGUUGGAUGCUGGAGCGCAAAGUAGUGGACAAAGGAUCGGACCCCCUGUUGCCAAGCAAUUGUGAACCAGUUGUGUCACCAUCCAUGUUUCGUGAAAUUAUGAAUGACAUUCCCAUCAGGUUAUCCCGAAUCAAGUUCCGGGAGGAAGCCAAACGCCUGCUCUUUAAAUAUGCAGAGGCUGCCAGGCGGCUCAUCGAGUCCAGGAGUGCAUCCCCUGACAGCAGAAAAGUGGUCAAGUGGAACGUGGAAGACACCUUCAGCUGGCUUCGGAAGGACCACUCAGCCUCCAAGGAGGACUACAUGGACCGCCUGGAGCACCUGCGGAGGCAGUGUGGGCCCCAUGUCUCCGCUGCAGCCAAGGACUCUGUGGAAGGCAUCUGCAGCAAGAUCUACCACAUCUCCCUGGAGUAUGUUAAACGGAUUCGAGAGAAGCACCUUGCCAUCCUCAAGGAAAACAACAUCCCAGACGAGGUAGAGGCCUCAGAGUUGGAGCCCCGCCUGGUGUAUUGCUAUCCAGUUCGUCUGGCUGUGUCUGCACCCCCCAUGCCUAGUGUGGAGAUGCACAUGGAGAAUAGUGUGGUCUGCAUCCGGUAUAAGGGAGAGAUGGUCAAGGUCAGCCGCAGCUACUUCAGCAAACUGUGGCUCCUUUAUCGCUAUAGCUGUGUUGAUGACUCAGCCUUCGAGAGGUUCCUGCCUCGAGUCUGGUGUCUUCUCCGUCGAUACCAGAUGAUGUUUGGCGUGGGCCUCUAUGAGGGGACUGGCCUGCAGGGAUCACUGCCUGUGCACGUCUUUGAGGUCCUCCACCGACUCUUUGGCGUCAGUUUCGAGUGCUUCGCCUCACCUCUCAACUGCUACUUCCGCCAGUACUGUUCUGCCUUCCCUGACACAGAUGGCUACUUUGGCUCCCGCGGGCCCUGCCUGGACUUCGCCCCGCUGAGUGGUUCCUUUGAGGCCAACCCUCCGUUCUGCGAGGAGCUCAUGGAUGCUAUGGUCUCUCACUUUGAGAAACUGCUGGAGAGCUCACCAGAGCCCCUGUCCUUCAUUGUGUUCAUCCCCGAGUGGCGGGAGCCCCCGACGCCAGCGCUCACCCGAAUGGAGCAGAGCCACUUCAAACGCCACCAGCUGGUCUUGCCUGCCUUUGAGCACGAGUACCGCAGUGGCUCCCAGCACAUCUGCAAGAAGGAGGAGAUGCACUACAAGGCCGUCCACAACACGGCCGUGCUCUUCUUGCAGAAUGACCCCGGCUUUGCCAAGUGGGGGCCAACACCGGAGCGGCUGCAGGAGCUCACCACUGCCUACAAGCAGUCGGGCCGCAGCCACGGCUCCAGCUCUUCCUCCUCCUCCUCCUCCUCCUCCUCCUCCUCCUCCUCAGAGGCCAAGGACCGGGACUCAGGCCGGGAGCAGGGCCCCAGUCGAGAGCCUCACCCCACUUAACAUAUCCUGCGGGGAGGAGGAGCCCUGGGGGUGCUGUUCCAGACCUGCUGGGACUUGGUCCUCAGGGCCCUCCCCUGGGGUGGCGGCAGCAGGACUUGGGCUGCCAGGGACAUAGGACUAUAUGGCUCUGCCAGGGCUCCCCUCCCUGCCCUCACCCCUCAGAUUCACUAAGUCCCUUGUAAAUAGGCCCAUGCCUUCCCAGCCCCACACUGACCCUGUUGCUGCCUUGUUUCAUUUGUAAAAGGAAAUACAGAAACUCCCCAAGAGCG